UCAUUCCUUUUUUUAUCCCUUAUUAUUAGGAUGUUUUAAAAAUAUUUAGCCUACUAAUAUCAGGAGAUUUGGAAUUUAUUAACAAGCUGUAAAAUAUUCAAGAGCUUUGAAUUUAAAGACCGCGCCCUUUCUACAUAACCCAGCUUUCCAGCUGGGCCAGCCAACUUCAGCUCGAUUCAGGGGGCCAGUCAGCCUGACGUUUGGGCAGUGUUGUGGUCCGCACCUUUAGCACAGUUUUGCAAAAUUGGGGCCCCGCCGAAACCGACUGGGGUAGUGAAACGACGGCUGCGCCACCGCAGCAUGAGCAUGUUUACUUUCAGGGGGCCCCGUUGAGUCACUGUUAAGUAGUGAGGUGCGCGGUCAUUUACCCUGCAACCAUUGAUCUAGUUAAACUGGAAAAAUCCAUAGCCAUGGAAUAGGCCGCUGAUGAGUAGCUGUUGAGCUGACCAGCACCAUGCAGAAGAAGCAGGAUGAGUUCGACCAGAAGAAAAUGGACCUGGAGGUGUACCUCCAAAGGAUGGAGUCGCGGAUUGCCAGCAUGGCCCCAGUGGGGCACACGGCGGACGUGCUGGAGGUGCAGCUGAGGGAGCAAAAGGGGUUGCAUGCGGAGCUGCACCAGUUCAAGGCACAAAUCGAAUCUUUCCAGCAACUGACCCAAAGACUGAUCACUGCACACCAGCAUGAAGACACCAGUAGGUACAAAAAGGCCGCAGAAUACAUCAAUCAGCACUACCUGCGCUUGGAUGCCUGCAUUAUCAACCGCGGCAAACUGCUCCAUUCCGCUCUUAGCUCCUUGCAGAACUUCGAUCGCUCCUUGGACAAGUUUCUGGCCUGGCUUAGCGAGGUGGAGUCCGUGGUGGAGAACCUGGAAGGGGAGUCAGAGUCGCGUCGUGGAGCCCACCAGUUGAAGGAGAUCCAAGCAGACAUCGAGCGGCAGGCCUCCACGCAUGCAGCGCUGCGCUCCUCCAACCUGGCUCUCUUAGGCACCUUAUCAACCGAAGACGCCCUGAUGGUGCAGCUCAGAGGCGACGAGAUGGAGCGCCGAUGGCAGGCCCUAAAAACACGUACAGCAGACCUACGAAACCGCUUGGAGCACAACGCUGACUACUGGAACUCAGUCCUGCUGUCGCUACGCGAACUCACCGAGUGGGUCAUCAGAAAGGACGCAGAAUUGGGCUUGGCGGCCCGACAGGACGACCAUCGCGCCUUCCGCCAGCAGUUGGAAGACAAGCGCCCGCUAGUGGAGUCCAAUCUGAGGAGCGCGCGCCAAUUUGUGCUUGGCGACCCUUCAGGGGAGCUUGCCCGUAACUUGCGACGGGAGCUAGUAAAGCUAUCCGACAAGUGGAACGCUUUGAUCGACAAGUCCGAUAAGUUGGCCCAAAAGUUCGAGCAGAACUCAAUGAAGCUGAAGCAGCUGACACUCAGCUUGGACGAGGCGUGUGCAGCCGUUUCGCGCUUGGAGCGCGCCACUCUGUCCUGGAGCGGCCCCAGAAGUGCAGCCGAGGCCAGGGAGCUGCUCAACAACUUGCGCGCGUUGGAGCAGCAGCUGCCGCCCCUGCAGCGCUCCUUGGAGGACGCCAGGUUGCAGGCCGGCUCUUUGGGCGGCGCGCUGCCUCCCAAUCUGGGCGGCCAGCUGGAGGACUGCGCCGCCAGGUGCAGGGCGCUGCAUGCCGCCAUCCGGGAGCGGCGCGAGGUCCUGACUAGCAGCUCGCAAGGUUAGUGGCGCAACCUCAAUCAGAA